AUUCAAAAUUAAAAGCCAACUUGCAUUAAAAAAAAUAAAAAGAAGGACCGAAAUAAUAAAAUCGAAUUUCUAGAAAAGACGCGAUGACCUAGUCGGCUUCAUCCUUCUGUAUAAAUCGAGCCCUUGAGACCUCUCCUCUCCUUCACAAAUUAGGUUUCGAAUUCGAUAAAUUAAAAAAAAAUCAAUCAUCUCAAUUCUCUCUCAAGUCGCAAGCUACGAUCAAGAUGCAGAUCUUUGUUAAAACUCUGACCGGAAAGACGAUCACUUUGGAGGUUGAAAGCUCCGAUACCAUCGACAACGUUAAGGCCAAGAUCCAGGAUAAGGAGGGAAUCCCACCGGACCAGCAGAGGCUCAUCUUUGCCGGCAAGCAGUUGGAGGAUGGAAGAACUCUUGCCGACUACAACAUCCAGAAGGAGUCGACUCUUCAUCUCGUCCUCAGGCUCCGUGGUGGUAUGCAAAUCUUCGUUAAGACUUUGACGGGAAAGACUAUCACUUUGGAGGUUGAAAGCUCCGACACUAUUGACAACGUCAAAGCCAAGAUCCAAGACAAAGAGGGUAUCCCACCAGACCAGCAGAGGUUGAUCUUUGCUGGAAAGCAGCUGGAGGAUGGUCGCACCUUGGCAGAUUACAACAUCCAGAAGGAGUCUACGCUUCACUUGGUCUUGCGUCUACGUGGAGGCAUGCAAAUCUUCGUCAAGACUUUGACAGGAAAGACGAUCACGCUAGAGGUGGAGAGUUCCGACACCAUUGACAACGUGAAAGCCAAAAUCCAGGACAAGGAGGGUAUUCCUCCCGACCAGCAGAGGCUUAUCUUCGCUGGGAAGCAAUUGGAAGAUGGCAGGACCUUGGCUGAUUACAACAUUCAGAAGGAGUCUACGCUUCACUUGGUCCUCAGGCUCCGUGGUGGCAUGCAGAUUUUUGUGAAGACCCUUACCGGCAAGACUAUCACAUUGGAGGUUGAGAGCUCAGACACCAUUGACAACGUCAAGGCUAAGAUCCAGGACAAGGAAGGCAUUCCUCCGGACCAGCAGCGUCUCAUCUUUGCUGGAAAGCAGCUUGAGGAUGGUCGCACUCUUGCGGACUACAACAUCCAGAAGGAGUCGACACUUCACUUGGUACUCAGGCUUCGUGGUGGUAUGCAGAUUUUUGUGAAGACCUUGACCGGCAAGACCAUCACACUGGAGGUGGAGAGCUCCGACACCAUUGACAACGUCAAGGCCAAGAUCCAAGACAAGGAAGGUAUCCCUCCGGACCAGCAGCGUCUCAUCUUCGCUGGAAAGCAGCUCGAGGAUGGUCGCACCUUAGCAGACUACAACAUCCAGAAGGAGUCGACACUUCACUUGGUCCUCCGUCUCCGUGGUGGUAUCUAAAACUCUCCGCCUGUUACGGGUUAAAAGUUAGAAUCUGGUUUUCUUUUAUAAAGUACUUAUGGUUUGUGUUUUGGGGUUUUAUAAAGCCUCUGAUGAAUAAUUGAUGAACUCUUGCGUCCUUGUUUUCUCUUUCCUUGUGAACCAAAUCGGAUUUCUCUAUUGUGAAAUAUAAUAGCCGUUGCUUUUUACUUU